AUGUCGUAUGACGAUGAGUUCAACGAGGCCGUUGAUGAAUCACUGGAUGAACAGUGGUGGAUAAGAGAACCAAGAGAAUUGCAGUUGGAAGAAGAAUUAGUUGAAGACCGUAUAUUGUUUGAACCGGAAUUGAAUGAAAACGUUAUCGAAGAGCAUAUUGAUUACGCUUAUGAUGAAAAACAAAUCCAAUUAGCAAUCAAACGUUUAGAUGAACUGAGGUUAGAAUUGUCAGAUCUUAGACGCCGAAAAACUACAGUGCUUAACAUCCUAACUGAACACAUCGAAAAGGGAUUGUGCGAAUCUGAUGUACCGAUUAGGAACGGCACAAAAGAGGAAAUUGAACAAUACUAUGAAAAGUUAUUGAUGCAAUUUAAAAAGAAAAAGGAAGAGGUAAUCCAACAAAAACAUGAUUUAAAUGAAAAGAUGAUUAAAAAUACUGAAUACUUAGAAAUGAAACGCAUAGUAUCUGCAGAACUCGCCGAUCACCAGUAUAACUUAGAAUUAAAAACUGCCGUCGGAAUGAUAUAUGACAAAACAAAGGAAAAACUUUCUCAAGAAGAUGUAGAAAAGUUCAUUGAAUCUUGUAAACUGCAGGAUACCAAAUUAAACAAAGCGCGCUUGAAUUACAUUUUACAGAAACAAAAAUGUAAAAAAUUAAAAGAAAAUAUUAACGAUUUGGCACCAAGUACGUUCAGUAUAUCUGAAUACCAAGAAUUAUCAAAGAAAAACAAAAAACUUGAAAAUAGUAUAGAAAUUAUGAAAAAUAUCAAAACCCAAUAUUUAAAAGAUAUUAAAUCCGAAUUAGCUAAAAUUCCUAAUAUCGACAAAAAACUUAUCGAUUUAAAAGAAGAAAAAGAAACAAAUGAAACUGAAUUAAAACAAAUUAAACAUGAAUGGAAACAGCUUGUUCAAGCAAAAGCAAAUUACCAUAAGUAUGAAAAACAAAUAAAAAAAGACCGUAAAUCAAAUUGUUUUAUUGAAAAUCCUCUACUUUUGAAUGAUUAUCUCGAGAGUGUGGAAAAAGAAAAGACAAUUAAAGAGUUUGCGGCCGACUUAAGUCAGAAGUUGUUUGAUAUCGAGGAGUUGAAAAAUAAGCUAACACGUUAUUUACAA